AUGUCUAACGCCGAACUCGCCGUUUCCUACGCCGCGCUCAUCCUCGCCGAUGAUGCCGUCGACAUCACUGCCGAUAAGCUCCAGACCCUGAUCAAGGCUGCUGGCAUCGAGGAUGUUGAGCCUAUCUGGACCUCCCUCUUCGCCAAGGCUCUUGAGGGCAAGGAUGUCAAGGACCUCCUCUUGAACGUUGGAUCCGGUGGUGGCGCCGCUGCCGCCCCAGCUGCUGGAGGUGCUGCCGCCGCUGGUGCUGCUGCUGAGGAGAAGGAAGAGGAGAAGGAAGAGGCCAAGGAGGAGUCAGACGAGGAUAUGGGCUUCGGUCUUUUCGACUAG